UCAGUUUGUCACUGUAAUUUUCUGUAUGUGACGUGUGAAUUGUUACAUAAAACUAUUUAGUAGCCUGUGAUUUAGGAUGGUACCUUCACCAUACAAAUGUGCUGCUAUAGUGAACGGCACUGCGAAGUUCCUUAUAUCUGACGCUGACUACAGUGCUGUGAUACUCUACGACGAUUACAGUCAGGGUUUGCUGACAUUUGGAUCUGUGUGCUGCGUGAUCUCCAUGAUAAUUGGCAUCCCAGGGAACCUUAUAACCGUUGUAGCGUUAGCAAAAUAUAAAAAAGUACACAACGCGACUGCAACAUUUAUUAUGAAUAUGUCAUUUACGGAUCUACUGCUGCUGUGUAUAAGUCCGCCAUUAACCAUUUCCAAACUUACAACUAAGUCAUGGAGACAUGGUAGAGUGCUCUGUGAACUGUAUCCGUUAGUAAAACACUUACUGGUCGCUGUCUCGAUAUUCUCAAUAAUAGCCGUCACUAUCAAUAGAUACAUUCUCAUCGGACAUCCAAGACUAUAUCGCAAGAUGUAUAAGAAACGCAAUAUAGCGAUAAUGCUAGCUGUUAUAUGGCUUUCUCCAUUGUUGACAGUAAUUCCGACUUAUUUAGGAAAAUGGGGUUGUUACAAUUUAGAUCAAGCAGUCGGAUCCUGCACCGUAGUUCGCGAUCAAAACAACAGAUCAUCAAAACAUUUUCAGUUCGUAUCAGUGCUUGGUUUACCGGGCAUAUUAAUAAUUUUAUUUUAUACUAGAAUAUACUUUAUAGUACGAAAAUCAAAAAGGAAAACUCGCAAAACUCAGAACCCGAUAAAUCCACUACCAAUUGAAAACUCCGAUACCGAAGAAUCAACAACAAACAACACUUCUUUGAUUAAUGAAUACCCUGAUAACAGAGAGAAAGUGAUUGUCAAUUCAAAAUCGGAAUUUUCUAAAACAACAACAUCAGCUGAAAAUAUUGAUACAUACAAAGAUAAACUACCUCAGCCGCCAAGGAUACGAAGAAACGUACUACAGAGAUCUAUGAUACUUUUGAAGUCUUCGUUACCAACACGAAAAGAUAGGAGACUGGGAAGCAUGAUAGUAGCCAUCUUGGUAGCAUUUUGCUUGGGUUAUGUACCAACAGUAAUUAGCGAAAUGCUACGUGGUAUUACGCUUCAACAAAAUCAGCCUCCACUUGUUAUUACUUCCCUAAUUCUUCUUAAUUUUUGUUCUUGUUUUAAUCCUGUAAUAUACGUUGUAAUGUCAAAAGAAUAUCGAGAAGCUUAUAAAAAUAUGUUUAAAUGUUCCAAACGCAUGAAGAAGUAGGUAUAUGAAAUACCUGAAUAAAUAUCUGGAACUAAAUCGUGGAACUGCGAAAAAUCCAAUAAGCAUUAUAUAUUAUAGUAAUCAGCCUUUUUUAUAGGAAAUAAAUUGCUGUAAAUACAUCCUCUUUUAGUUAUUUUUUAUCUUGGAUGCUAGAUUAUAAUAAAGUAAUUGUCCUUGUCCACAUCCACUCCACUUGAGCUAUGCUUGGAAUUUCUAUGCGUGAUCGAAUCAGAAAUGAGGAGAUCCGCAGACGAACCAAAGUCACUGACAUAGCUCAGCGAGUCGCGAUGCUGAAGUGGCAAUGGGCAGGCCACAUAGUUCGAAGAGUCGAUGGACUUUGGGAUCCCAACGUGCUGGAACGGCGACUCCGCACCAGAAAGCGCAGUGUUGGUCGACCCCCCACUAGGUGGACCGAAGACAUCAAGCGGUUGCAGGGAGCCGCUGGAUGCUGGCGGCUGAGACCAUUUUGUUUGGAAGUCCAUGCAAGAGGCCUAUGUCCAGCAGUGGACGUCCAUCGGCUGAUAAUGAUGAUGAUGAAUGAUGAUGUAUUUUUUCUCAGCUACGGGUCCCAUCUGUACAAUUCCACUUGAAGAUCAAAAGAGUGUUAAUGCCGAGUGGUAUUUGCCAUUUGUUUAAGAAAAGCCCAGGGUGUUAGAAAAGGUUCGCGAAAGACGACCAAAAAGCUGCAUUCUCCUACAUCAUGAUAACUCUUCUUCACACACGGCCAACAAAACAAAGUCAUUUUUAGCGUUCGAAAAAUCUUCUCGUCACCCAUCCUGCGCAUAGCCUAGCACCCUGUGGUUUCUGUAUUUUUACCAAAAUUAAAGAUUUAAUGAGAGAUUUCACUUUUACCAACUCCGAAGAGGCAGUGAUCAAUCAGCACGUAGAAAACAUGCCUUCAGAUCUGUUGUGCUCCUGUUUUAAAAAAUGGUUAAAAUGUAAAGGAGAGUAUUGUUACUAAUUAGUAAUUUAUCUUUAACAUAAACUGAAAUGCAGCCAGUAUUCUUGCCACCAUUCCACGUGGGCGUGAUUGGUAUAGUUAUUAGGAUAAGUUAGCUUAAGUUCCUUAUUGUAUUCUUUCUAAAUAAAAAAAAUGUUAAUUAUUAAAAAAAACAUAAUCUUAUAAUAUUUUGUUAUUAUACUAAGAUAAUGUCCAAUAACUUAAUCUUAGUCUUUCACUAACUAUUACGUUUUUAGGUCACAUUGUUCACGUGAUCUUAAUUUUUUGGUUGGUUUGAAUUUUGGUUAUAACAUGUUUUUUUUUUAAGUUACGCAAAACUUAUAGUGUGACCUACCUAUACUUAAGACAUUCAUGUCUACGUUUUGUUAUCGGACGCAACUAAGUCUGGAAGAUGACUUGGAAGGAAAACGUUCCACCAUUGCUCCCUACGUCCAUAUAAUUACGAAAACAAAAUGUUAGUAGUCAAUAAGAUAUAGUUUAUUUAUAGACCUCUACUUAUAAUUUAUAAUUACUAUAGUAAAUAAUUUUAAUUUAUAAUUGAGAAACGUCAAGUUUGUCUGUUUGUAGUGAUUCUAUUACUAACCUGUAUUUAGUGUUAGUAUUAACAGUAUAAACUAAUUAAAUUAAUCAAGCAGCAAGCAGGAAAUAAAAUCGAAAAGGAAAAUGUUCUGAUAAAAUUGCCAUAUAUUUGGUGAACAUGAUUAGACACGCUUGUGGCCUCAACAUAAUUAAUUCCAUUUAGCAGUAGUAAUGUAAUUUAUGUGUUCAAAAGUAAUUUUUAGCAAAUAAAUGUUGUUUCGUGAACAAUGGUCAUAUUCAAGUGCCUACCUAAACGUUAAAUAUUAAUUUACAAUGGCAAAUCAAUGCGCUGCUUUGGUCAAUGUUACUUUAGAUACUCGUACUUUUAUUUCGAACGAUGAAUACGCUUCAGUAGAGUUAUAUCAAGGCUACAGUGAUGGUUUGCUAAUGUUUGCUUCGGUGUGUUUCAUGAUUUCCAUGGCAAUUGGCAUCCCUGGAAAUCUUUUAACCAUAGUUGCGUUGGCGAAAUAUAAAAAAGUGCAUAACGCGACAGCAGUGUUCAUAAUGAACUUGUCUUGCACGGACUUACUGCUACUAUGCCUGGAUCCGCCUCUGGCUGCGUCCGCUUACUGGAGGCGUUCUUGGACUCUUGGCAGAGUCGCGUGCCAGAUGUAUGCUUUAGGGAAAUGCUUACUGAUCUCCGCCUCCGUGUUCACGAUCCUAGCUAUCACCAUUAAUAGAUACAUCCUUAUAAUUCACCCGAGGCUUUACCGCAAGAUGUAUCGGGGACGAAACCUGAUAAUAAUGUUGGCAGCAAUUUGGAUAUCGCCAUUGAUAGCUUUGAUACCAACUUAUUUAGGAAAAUGGGGUUGUUUCGAUAUAGACACAAAUGAUGGCCCGUGCUCAAUAGUUUACGUCCAGAAUAAGAGAUCAUCUAAAAAAACUCUAUUUAUACUAGUGCUUGGCUUACCAUGUGCAGUGAUAAUAUUCUGUUAUGCGCGAAUAUUUUUUAUAGCACGAAAAACAACAAAGAAAUCUCAGAACUCACAAAGCAAAAAUAUUAACAGUACUAUAGAAACAACAAAACGUAUUACUUCAUCAAUAAACGCUACAUCUGCCGUAAUCAGUAUGAAGUGCGAAGAGAAAAGAAAACAUAUUCCCGUAGAAUUCUCAUCUUAUUCAGAAUACUAUGAAGAUUCCUCAUUAGAAGCACAGGGUCGCACUGAUUCCAACACAGACAAGGACAAGGGAAUUCCUUGGAAACGACCGAGAGUUAAAGGAAACCUGUUACAACGAUCUGUAAAGUUUUUUAAUCUAAAGAGUCCGACGCGUAAAGAUAGAAGGCUAGGGACAAUGAUAAUAGCUAUCAUGAUAUCGUUUUGCGUAUGUAAUUUGCCUACUGUAUUAACUGUUACAAUAAGUGGAAUUACUUCUGAGCCUGUUUUAAAUAUUAUAGCUCAUGUACUUCUCUGUUUUUCAUGUUGCUUCAAUCCGGUCAUUUAUGUCGUUAUGUCAAACGAGUAUCGAAAAGCUUACAACAAUUUGUUUAAACAUUAAAAACAAUAUCGUCAAUAGCUGUGUAACAAGUUACAAUGUUAACAUAAAUAAAGCAUAGUAGCAAGGAAAAACACCAAAUAUUUUUUUUCUAAUUUUUUUAAGUACUAAAUAGUUACUUGGGACGCUCGAUGGGCUGAUAGGGCGAAGUGAUAACUUAAGCCUGCUGCCGUAUGCGUAAGAGAAAGGGUAGUCAGAUAGAGUGAUGACGUAACGCGUUAAGUUACAAAGCGGUUAAGCCUCUUAUAAGAAGUUAUCACUUCAAAAGUUCAACCCUGCUGCUGCGAGACAUUUGAGUGUCCAAGCAAUCGGUGGUCUGGGCUCUAGAGUGAGGAACCUCCUCACAAUACGCGUUGUCUCAUGAGUCACUGCCUUAUGUAUCAGUCCUAAAGCCUAGGGGCUAAAGUAAUUUUGUUUUUUUUUUUAAUUUCUGUCUGUUACGAGUACUAGUCUACUAAAACGAAAAAGGUUUAAUUUGUAAAAAGUUUAAUCAUACUAAAAUAAUGACCUCUAUUAGACGAAGGAGGUUUUAUUCGUAAAUAGAAUCAU